CUGCUGACCAGUUAGUACCACAGGCUCGUAGACAAGAUGGCAGGGUUCAGAAUGAUAGAAUUUCAUCUAAUCUCGCCAAAAUAACCCUUCAAAAUGGCUUUUAGAAUUAGAUUUCGGUCUCUUCUCGGCUUAGACCGUUCUUCUAGAGAAUCAGCCGAUGGAGAAUUCUCAGAUGGGACUGCAGACAGCGUAUUUAAGGAAGACACAUGUCGUGAAUUUGAUGAUGAUCCCAGAACAGAUGAUGAGGUCCUGGAAACAAUAGAAGAGGUGUAUUUUUCAGAUACUAAAUUCGAUCCUAGUGAUUACGAACUAAAGAAAGCUACAGAAAAGGAGCUGGUCCUUGAAGAUGUUGAAGAAUAUCGAAACACUCUCCGACAGCAGCUGCAAUCUGUUUCAAAAAAACUGUACACAAAAGUUCUUGAAAAUCAUAGUGCAUAUGUCCAGGAACUUCAAAGAGUAAUGGAGCUACAGGAGGCACUGCAGAAUGCUUCGUCGAUAUGUGACAGGGGGAGAAGACAUCUAGAUAAAGCAAGAAGAGGAGUAUCUGUUGGUGGUCUUGGUAUUCUAGCAAAACACAGGAAGAAACAGCACCUGAUUACUCUAUUGGAUUCACUCAGAACUAUCAAGACACUGCAAAGAACUGAUGUCAGAUUGAAAGAGAUGUUAGAGGAGGAAGACUACCCAGGAGCCAUAACUCUCUGUCUUGAAUGUGAAAAAGCAGCCAGAGCUUUCAAGCAUUAUGAAUGUAUUAGCGAAUUAAGCUCAAAUCUGCAGGAGACUUUGAUUGAUAUUGAGAAACAACUUGACCUUGCCCUGGUACGAAUAUGUAACAACUUUGACCCAGCCUACUAUGAAAGAUUACAAACUGCAUACAGAUAUCUUGGCAAAACACAGAUCUCCAUGGAUCAAUUGAUAAUCCACUUCAUGAAUCAUAUCAACCAAGUAUCCUUCUCUGUCAUAUUGGAUCAUGUUGAGGAUGAUCCUCCAGAAUAUGUUGCUGAGGAUGGUCUACAGCAUGUACAUUUUGGAGAGCUCUGUAAAAAAGUUCAAACUCAGCAUUUCACGCCUUGCUUAAUGGGUCUUUGUAAGGUGUUGUGGUCUGUAAUGCUGAACUACCAUAAGGUGAUUCGUUGGCACGAGCAGUAUGACCCAGCCAUGCACGUCACUGAAUCAGAUGUCACUGAUGGAAACAAAGAUGACGAGAAGACCGCUGAAGCCACGUACAAUAGAAAUUAUAUUAGACAGAAACUGGAUCACGGGCUCAACAGGAUAUGGAAGGAAGUCCAGGAACGCAUCAAGACUCAUUUACUUGGUACAGACUUGUCCUACUUCAAGUAUGAUGACUUCAUCUUUGUGUUGGACCUCGUGAACAGAUUGAUAUCGGUUGGUGAAGAAUUCUGUGGCAGUAAAUCAGAAGAUCUCAACGAGUCAAUUCGAAAACAGUCUGUAAAAUACUUCAAGAAUUACCAUAGGUCGAGAAUGGAGGAGUUAAGAAUGUUUUUAGAGAACGAGGCCUGGCAGCUCUGUCCUGUUAAGGCUUCCUUUAAGAUCAUGGAUCUACAGGAAUUUCGAUUCAUGAAACACCAACAAAUACCGCUGAUCAAGACGCACCGACGUACAGCAUCCGGGAACAUGAACGUGACCACUGAAACAGGGUUCUUCUCACGUUAUGCAACGCAAGGAAAUCCAUUCGAUGAUGUGUACGUGGAAGAUGAAGGGGAAGACGUCAUGGCACAAAACGGGCUUGACGGAGAUGAUGGCAACAAUGAUGACGAGGAAGACGACGAUGAUGAGGAUAUUGCAGAUGAGUUGAAGCUGGAUUACGUUGACGAAAAAACAGGCGAGAUUCCUGCUGGAAGAUCAGAUGGAUAUUUACUCAGUCGUAAACACCAGCGGUUCUUGUCUCGCGUGCCCUGCAUUACCAACACUACUUUGAACGUGUUGAGGGUUUUUGGUAAAUACAUGCAGAUGAUGAAUGUUCUCAAACCCAUCGCCUUUGACGUAGUGAUCUGCAUGUCACAACUCUUUGACUACUAUCUCUACGCGGUAACAUCUUUCUUUUCCCCGGAGGUUCUGGUGGAUGGUAGUACACAUGGCUUAAGUAUAAAACUACGGACGACUUUAAAGCGUAUCUCAGAUAAUCUGAUCCUCAGUCCUGAACAAGAAAUGAAUAUGGAAGCACCCGCGGACGACAUGAAGGUUCCACAUCCUCAUCUAUCACCCAUGGUUGACCUUCAAAUACACAACAUGUAUGGCCUUCCGGAAAGAAUCCUAGCAACUGAAUCAUUAGUAUUUCUCGCCAACCAAUUCGAGUUUCUUCAGAGCCACCUCGAUUCCAUGAUUCCUCAAAACAAACGCGCCUUUUUGUCACAGUUUUACUCACAGACAGUAACUACAGUCCAAGAGAUUCGUAAACCCACCUACAGAGCAGUGGCUGCUCGAGUCAUCGAUUAUGAAAAGACGUUGCAGUUGAUGCAAGGUGUUCGGUGGGAUAUCAAGGACAUUAUGUCACAACACAAUACUUAUGUUGAUAUCUUAGUUAGGGAAUUUCAAGUUUUUAGCAUGAAGAUGACACAGCUCUCGAAACGUAUUCCUGUCCCCAAGGAAGUGUACGUUGUAUUGUGGGAUCAUUGUGUUCGAUUAGCAAAUAGAACAUUUGUAGAAGGGUUUGCAAGUGCAAAGAAGUGUAGUAAUGAAGGACGAGCUUUGAUGCAGCUUGACUUUCAACAGUAUUUGAUGAAACUAGAGAAACUAACAGAUAUCAGACCUAUACCUGAUAGAGAAUACGUGGAAACCUAUGUCAAAGCCUUUUACUUGACCGAAAAUGAAAUGGAGAGAUGGAUACGUGAACACAAGGAAUACUCCAGUAAACACGUGACCAGUUUAGUCACGUGUGGCGUAGGGUCUCACAUCACCAAGAAAGGAAGGCAAAAACUGUUGGCAAUAAUCGAAGAGAUCGAAAAGAACAAGCAGCGGUGACGUCGUCGAUCAUCUGGUUAGAUCUGUUAUAUUAAUGUACCAUAAUGGUUUAUUCAAUUCUACACAUUAGUUUUGAUUGCAACUUGAGUCUCGACAAAUGGCAUAUAUAUCAGACUAUUCCUUCGAUUCUUCUUCACCCUUGGUCUAUACCUUUACUACUCUUACCUUUUCUACCGUCGUUCAUCUUGGGUCGAUUUUUAAUAGAUGCUGUUUUGACUGAUGUAACUGUCUUGACCGUAUGAUAUGUUCGCUUCCGUUACAAAAUUCACCAUUGGCGACUACAACGUGCUUGACACUGAUUUUCAUAACAAGAACUUCAGGAAAACGUUUCGGUAUUUUUAUUUUAUUAAAUUAACGCUACUUAACUUGGAACUGUCUUAACUGUCUUCGUCAUUGUCAGCGACUUUUCUACACUCUUAAUGUGAUCUGGUCACUAAUAUUUCGGUCAUGUGGAAUUUUGGAUCAUUCAAUCAAUGAAAGAACGGGAACUCAUUACUUAGAACUUACUUUACUUGGGACAGUGUUCAUUACAGGAACUAUCUUCUUCAUUGUCAGCGAUUUUUCUUCUCUCUUCAACGGCAGUUGCCACUUGUGAUCUCGUCACUAACAUUUCGGUUAUGGAAUUUGGGAUAAUUCAAUCAAUGAAAGAACGAUAUCUCUGGUUCCUUGUCCUAUCAAACUCUUUGUCUACCAGAUUGAUCAGUACAUGCUCGUAUACGGGACUGUAGUCUAUUGCGUGGUUUCAAUCAGCUGAUAAAAGCCUUUGAAUCUCAUCUGUUCAAAAUGAAAGUCAAACACUAACCACCAUAUGCUGUCAGCCAGAAAGAAUUCUGUUUCGAAAACUUGCGAUCCAUCUGAUGAACAUUCUGCACGAGACAGGAAAUGACGUCAAGUUGAACCCAGCAAAUUGAAAACUUGCGAUUCAGCUGAUGAACAUUCUGCACGAGACAGGAAAUGACGUCAAGUGAAACCCAGUAAUCGAGGAGGAAUACUUUGCUGCAUAGCAUACUAUAAAGAGGAAAGUGGACUGAUGCACUAAGAUUAAAGUGCCUAUCACCCUUCUGACAAUAUUCACAGUAUUAAUUCUACAUGGGGUAAGAUGUUGAAUAACACUAAAAAAAUAUAUAGUUUAAGUGCAACUUCUUGAAGUCUUAAAGGUUUUUCCAUGCCAUAUGCUAAUGCUGUGACGUAUGAGGAGUAAUCAUUUAAUAUACAAAACACUACUGGUACAGAUAAAUUAAAUUUGAAAUA